AUGACUCCAGCCUGCAGGGUGUCGAGAGAAAGCAUCACAGCACUCACACAAAUGCUGCCCCGGGAAAAAACUCAUGGCUGGAGUCACGAGCUGGAGGUGCUGGUCACCAUUUACUGGCUCGCCUGUGGAGCGUCGUACAGGGUGACGGCGGACAUCUUCCACAUCCCACUGGCAACGGUCUGCCGGAUCAUCCACAAAGUUGUGGAUGAAAUGAUGUCGAUCAUCCACAACGUCAUCCAUUUCCCCAGGCAGGAGGAGAUGGAGGACAUUGGAGCUGGAAAACUGUUCCCCUCAAUCAUCCUCCAGGGCAUCUGUGACGCCAAAGGCAGAUUCAUUGAUGUCUACGUCGGCAACCCAGGGUCUGUGCACGAUGCCCUGGUCCUGCGCAGAUCCCCAAUAUACCAGCAGGCAUUGUAUCCACCAGCUGGAUACUUCCUGCUCGGUGACGGUGGAUACCCUUGCCUGCAGCACCCAGUUGCAGUGAUGACACCAUACCGACAACCUGUUGCAAGCCAGGUGGAAGCUCGGUAUAACCGACACCACGCCAAAGGGCGUAACAUCAUUCAGCGUGCAUUUGGAAUUUUGAAAACUCGCUGGCGCUCCAUCUUCCUCCGAGCCCUGGAGAUUCGGCCCAUCUUCGCGCCCAAGGUGGUCGCUGCAUGCUGCAUCCUCCACAACAUCUGCGUGGCAGCAGGUGACAUCAUGGAGGAGGAGGGAGGUCCACAGAUGGAAGAUGGCGACGAACAUGACGAUGCUGAGGUGGAUCGGAGGGACCUGGCAGGAGGCGACGUACAAGCCAGGCUCGCUGCUCAGCUGUCUGCACCAGAUGAGCUUCCUGCAUGCCUCAGUGAACAUGACUACAUAUAA